AUGGUGGUGAGGGCUUGUAAUGAGUUCACGACCCACGUGAUGAACCUGCUGCGGGAACAGUCCCGCACGCGACCUAUAACACCGAAGGAAAUAGAACGUAUGGUGCAGAUCAUCCAUAAGAAAUUCUCCUCCAUACAGAUGCAACUUAAACAGUCGACGUGUGAGGCAGUCAUGAUUCUCCGAUCACGGUUCUUGGACGCCAGGCGCAAAAGACGUAACUUUUCCAAACAAGCUACAGAGAUUUUGAACGAGUACUUUUACUCGCACCUAAGUAACCCGUACCCGAGUGAAGAGGCCAAGGAGGAGUUGGCCCGCAAGUCCAAUAUAACAGUGGCUCAGGUCUCCAACUGGUUCGGUAACAAGCGCAUUAGGUAUAAAAAGAACAUAGGAAAGGCCCAGGAAGAAGCUAAUCUCUACGCAGCCAAGAAAGCCGCAGAUUGUACCUUAGCAGGAGCGUCGCCAUACAGCAUGAGUGGAACACCAGGUCCCAUGAUGUCUCCGCCACCAGGAGAAGACUCCAUGGGUUAUGGCAUACCAGGAAUGAAUGGCUCUGGAUACUCAGGAGUAGGGGGCAUGGGCUACGACCUCCACCCGGAGUCGCCAGAUGUGUAGGCGGCACACAUACAUCCGCCCACGCCCAGCCCGCCCUCCACCCACACCCUAAACAAUAAGACGCGUGGGCGGUUAGCGGGUUGUGGAGUCCGGGCCGGCGCGGUGGGGUGGCCUGGUUGGCCUUGUGCUAAACUUCCUGAAGUAACAGUGGUGACCAACCUAGGUUCCAGGCUGCCCUCCCUCGCCCCCCACACUACCUCCCGCGGCCCACCCAUCCUUCAGACACACAGUGCAGGCCGUGUAACUCCGGCUCACCAGCCACGAUCGGGCUGCAUGUGGCUCUUUUCUGGCCUAACCACAUUAUGGUAUGUUGGCCACAUGGGCUGCAUGUGGCCCACCUCAGGCAACAGUGAUCAGAGCUGUCAGCCCAGUGUGCAGGCAGCGGGCCGCCGCCGUGCGCCCUGCAGCUGAGCGGGACCAGCGGGGCCCGCCCAGCCCAUAGUAUACGAGAGCCGGGGCGGGUAGCCACCCACGGCCACUCCACACACCACACUGCCGCUAUCCACGCCCACCACUCGCCCAUGGGUGACGCUCUCAUGACCCAUAGCGCUACGCCAUCUUAAUAUCCACUUGUCCACGCAGAUGCCCAACCCCAUCCAUCCAUGGUCACACUUCUGUGAGCACACCCAGCCAUAUUACACCUGACAACUAGACCAGUUUCUGUGUUAAGGGUCCAAGCAUAUUCAGUUAACUGGAAGAGCUUGUGAUGCAUUAAUCUUGUAUACAAUAUGAAGUAAUGUAAAUAUGAAUGAAUGAGAAAAUCAGCAGGUAACAAAGUAUGUUUUAUAGCCAGUUUUAAAUGUGUGAAACAGAAGGUGGCAUGGGAGGUGAAGGUGGGUACAGUGGUAGUGGACCCUCCCAGUACCAGGGAGCCCCAGAACCAUGUAUACGGUUGGUAUGUGAUAGUCACACUCGUGUUGCUUAUAUGUGUAGGCUUUUAAUAAAGUUUCUGCUGUUUGAACAUUCUUUAAAAAAUACAAACAUGUUCCUCAUUGGCGAUUGAGCCAGAUGUACUUUGCGUCACCCCCGGCGAGGUGGGCUACAGCGUGAUUAGCGGCCCUCCCGCCCCGCGUGACCACCCAGGUUGGUGCGGUCCACCAGGCGGUCCGCGGCGACCCGUACAAGCCUCUGUAUCCAUGUAGCAUAGGGGAGCGUGGCCAGUGAGGCCCGGCUGCCCCCCCGGCCCUGCACAUGCUCCACUGGGCGGUCCACCCCACCUUGGCGUGGCUAUAGGACACAAUGCCCAGUGGGCCCCAUCCAACCCAGUAUACGUACUCUGGACGGCAGCAGCACCAAGAUUGGAAGAAAGUAAUGGUCAGACCGAACUGGCUCUCAAGAUGUCUGUUUGUUGUUUCAAUGCACAUUGGAUGUUUCUGUUGUUUUUGUUUGUGUUCAAUUGUGUUCCGAUGGAUUGUGUAAUGUGUGUAUGUGCUGGUCUCUGACUGGCUUGAGUUACUGUGUUCUUGAUCUUGUGGAAGUCGGAGGGUGUGGCCUUCCCUUGUCCGUGGAAUUUCCUUCAUGGUCUUUGGCUGGCCACACCUGGCCGAGAGGCAGAUGACCACAUUUACAUCACCAUUUUAGCCAACCCAGGUUGCAAGUGCUUGUGAUGUAGGUAUGGCUGUAGGAAAACAACGGUGUGGCACCUCCCGGCCCAUCCGCAGCAAGACACGGUUGGUGGGGCAGUACCUUUAUGGUACUGCCCGAUUGAUGCAGGGUAUUACGUAGGAAAGAUGAGACCACACAGAUGAUCUUGUGAUACACUGGAUAAUGAACACUUGAGGACCUGGAACUUUGAUGUAGGUCUAUUUUUAUAUGGAUAAAUAAGACUUGAAAAGGGAAAAAAGAUAGAUGGUCUUGUGUAACUGUAUAUUAUUAGUAUGGAUAGAAAAUUCUAAUACUCUUUGCAAUCCGUUUAACAUUUGGUAAUGUUAAGUCCUUUUCCAUACGGUUUGUACGGUAGUGUAAGGGCAGUAUCGGAUCUAGGUGGUGCACCAGUGGUGGCCCAAAGGACCCGAGGCUGCCAAGUGCGCAUGUUUGUAUGGGUAGUGCAGGAGUAGUGCAAGGUAGCUAGACCACAAGUAUACAGUGAUAAUACUGCAGUAUACGAAAAACAAUGUUCUUCAUUGACAAAAGUAUAACUACAAAGAAUAAGCAGAGUAGCCUGCCCUCUUUUCAUGAACUGUUAGCGUUAUUUUGACUCCUGUAGUCAGCUAAAGGGCCGUCAUCUCGUUUCCUGAUUUUUCUGAGCUGCUGAGGUAUACCGUAGUUGUCUCCAUGUAACUUAAAGCUCUCUUCUGUCUCUUCUCGCUGUUCGCUGUAGUGAAUGAUGCAAGAAUAAACCUCCUGUAUUGAAUACUUAUGAAUAACUGUAAAUGUAUUGCCUAGAUGGACUCUCCAAUACCGUCCUGUACCAAAAUACGUAAUUUUCUCACAAUUCUUGUAGAGAUACUGUGUAUUUUUGCUGUGUAUAUGUUCCAGUUUUGUAAUAGUAUAUGUAGUACAAUCUUGCUACUUUUUCUCCCCUUUAGGACGGUAUAGGAAAGACUGCAAAAUUGGUGCAUUCUUACACAUUUUAAGGAUAUUUUUCAUGUAACCAGUUAUUGUUUUCAUUGUUUAGCCACCUUAUUUAUGCAGGAUGGGUCAUUUUGAGACACCCACCUUAUUUCUAAGAUUACAUUAAUUUCAUUUUUUGAGCAAGAGUUGUGUGCUUGUACAUUAGAAUCAAUUGUGGAGGCGAAAGAUAAGUGCUACUUAUGUUUCCAAGCGUGGCAAAUUGGGCAAGUAAAACUGAGUGCAAGGUAUAUCCCAUCACCCAUACUCCUGUAGGUAAUUUGUUGCCAAUUGCCCUGCUCUCUCAGCUACAACCCAUUUUCUAUGAGGACCGUUUUGUAUUAUUGUCCAUUGCCCAAUUUGUCUCUUGCCUGGAAGCAUUCCAUUCACUCAUUUCACUUAGUUUACUUAACCAUUCUAACCUCUUUGCUAUGUGAGUGUGAAUUACAUGUACAUUACUGUCUUUUGUAUUGUCAUGCAUAAGUUGCAUUGUAAGUAUUUUGGCUGCAAGGAAAGCCAGUCCUCAUGAUAUUAAUUACCAUGAUGUUUUGUUAGAUUCUGCAGUGAGCUGCAGACCCAUUUGUGUUUUAAGGUUCAUCUGAAAGCUCAAACUAGAUUAUUUUAGUGUCAGGUACAGGAUAUUCUUGGUUGCAUUUACUAAAAUGCUGUAGCCACUACCCGUGACACUGACCCAUUCCUUAAACAAGGCAAUGACCUAGUAAUCGCUCAGUGUCACGGCUGCCCGCCAUGGUCCCUCAGUAUACCAGCAGGCCAGUGGUUCAGGGGUAGUGCUCGUUGCUGAUGCUUUCGGAUUAAAAACAAAAUAGUAAUAAUAGGGGUAAGAUUUUUGGUAUACCAUAAUGUAAUUGAUUCAUUGGCCUUAAUGCAUCAAGCAGCAUGCACUAUCCCCCUCCCGUGUGGCCAAAGGCAGGGAGGCUGACCCACUGUGCCAGAGACGAAGAAGCACUGUUUAUAUGUACUGUAACAUACAAACUUUUACUAUUAGGUAUGAAUGUUAUCAAAUAAAUGAUUUCAAAGGCUACACCAUGUACCUCCAUUAUCUAUCCUUGGAUGAUAUACUGUAUCCUUAAAUAUUUUUAAACCAUUUAUUUAUAUUCUAAUGCACAAUUAAAUUGAUAUAAAAUUUGUUUAGAUGCAUCAGUAUUGUUUCCUACUCUAACAGGACAUGAUUUUAGAAAUUUUAUUUUUAUGCACCCAAAAUUUUUGCAUUCCUUUCACAAUAUGUAGAUUUUGUCAUUUUAAUCAUUUAUUGAUAUCCUAGCUGAUUAGUGUCACAUUAAUUGAUUUUCGUAUAUCACUGAGUACUUGCUCUGUUAAGAGAGCUCCCUUUUCAGGGGUGGCCAUAUGCAGAAACUAUCAAAUGUUUCAAGCUCUAAUUUGUCUUCAUAAAUUCAUGUUUAAAACUAUAGAAAGACUUUAAAUUAAUACAUUUUAGAUUCCCACUACAUGACAUUGGGAAACAGGAUAGUGAUGAUUUUAAAUUUUAGUUCACUGAUCACAACCAGCUGUAAUAUAUACACUUGAGAUACAAGGUGUGGAAAGGGUACGGAUUGUCUUGGCAAGUACAGUAUACACAAACGAAAAGAAUGUUACAAAAAAAAUUUGCAAUGAAAAAAAUAAAAUUCAUUCAUUCUCAGAAAGGGUAGUAUGGAACACAAAGACUUUAUGGACUCCACCAUAGGGUGGAGAUCCCCCUAGUUCUCCCACAAACAGUAGUGGGUAACUGAGUCAACCAGAUUACUGUUGCUUUACCCUGCUCUAAGAGUCUUCAUUAUAAAGUUUUAUUUUGUAAACUAAUUUUCUUUUAUAAACAGGUAAGGUUAUUUGUAUGUAAUACAAUAAAAUUUCUUCACACUAUUCAAUUUGUGAAGAUGAUGAAAACUUGUCUUUUAACUCCAGUAAAGUUAAUACAGUGGGAGAAAUAAUUGUUUUUAUUCCCAUUUGUACAUACUGAAUGGGGACAAAGGAGUUACUGUAUAUACAAGUACCUCUUAAGGAAAGAUAGAUGAGCAUCUUGGCAUUGCUUACUUCAGAGUGAUGAAGUACAAUCAGAGAAGAAAUUGGGUAGAUUGAGAAACCUGGUUUGCAACUUUGAACAAAGGAGAAGCAUGUGUGGAAUCUAGCAAAAUAAAACUCUGCCAAAGGAUGCUUAAGAUGGCAGCUUUCUGUUAUCAGAGAUAAAAUGAUAAUGUAUCCAAUAACAUAGGGAGCAUCCUAUGAAGGUUGCAUUCCUGCAGCCACUUAGUGAAUAAUGUACAAGUGUUAUGAUGUGUGGAAUGAAUGAAUACAGGCAUAUAUAAGUAAUGCAUGUUAAGGAAUAUUAAGGCACUAAGUAGGUAUUUAUCAGAAAUAACAGGAAGUGGCACUACCAGAGAAUAGAUGGGUGUAUGAAGAGAUGUAUAUAAUAAUAAGGGCUAGAUAUGAAUUUGAGAAUACUAGCAACUAUGGUUCAAAUGGGACAAGAUGAGGAUCAUAAGAUGUGUAAUUUUAAUGUGAAUGAGAUAAAUGCUGCCUUUACUCUGGGUGAUGUAAAAUAAUGUAUAUUUUCCUGGAAAUUUUUGUGAAUUGAGAGUAUACACACUGUACAUGUUUGCCUCUCUGUACUUUUACAAUUGUAUAAAUAAAUAAAUAAAUACAGAGGAAAGGUUA